UGACUCUGUCCACUUCCUUCCCUAUACAUGUUCGGCUCACUUCUCCAGCCUGCCCAUAUUAAGAGGCACUGCAGAAUCUUGCUGAUUUAUACCCAUAACCUUUCAAUUGGCUGCCAUGAGGCCCAAACCUUAUCAUCCAUUUCCCGCAACCCGCCACAAUGUUCCCUACAAGCGCAGGGCCGUUGCUCAACUCCCUACUCCCAGCCGGUCAAAUCCGACAGCCAUCAUCGACCAAAGACUAGUUGAAGGUGCACAGAAGCCUUUGCUCCACAAAACAUCUAAAGAACCACAUAGAAGUUACGUGUCUGAGCCGCAGUUGCUUCCUCAUGAGGAUAGCUUGGAGCUUGAUGCGUUCGAUCUCGAACUACUAGCCCAAUCAGAUGAGCAAACACAGAGACUCCAGACGGCCGGUCUGACCGCAGACCGUGGCUCGUUGCCGUCUAGAUCAUCCCAAGCAAUAAACUAUAAUCAAUUCUCCCGUUACUUCCAUGGUGGUCCGCAUGUUACCCCGCACCAAAGUUUGGGGUCUAGCUCUUCGGAAAUGGAUGCAAGAUCGCCAUCCAGCCCAUUGAUUAGAUUGCGAGCCGAGAGGACGAAUGUACAAUAUCGUCAGCCUCACUUGGAAUCCAGAGACGGCCCCCGUUUAUCCUACGGCCAUGGAGAAUCCCUACCCGACUCUACUGAGCGAUCGGCCACUGCUUCCCAGGGAUGGCAGAAAGGUCCCUUCAAACAAAUUCCGGCUUCCAUUCGAGGCAUUGUCCUUGUGUCAGUACAUGAACUUCCCGACAAAUACCGGUCAAUCUUUCCCUUUCCUGUCUUCAAUGCUGUACAGUCCAAGUGCUUCCAUCCGGUUUAUGAAACCGAUAGCAACAUUGUCCUUUCGGCGCCCACAGGGAGUGGGAAAACGGUCAUAAUGGAGCUGGCAAUCUGUCGGUUGCUCAAUUGCCUAAAGGACGAACGAUUCAAAGUGGUAUACCAAGCGCCUACCAAGACUCUCUGCUCAGAGAAGUUCAGGGACUGGAAUACCAAGUUCCAUACCCUAGGGCUGCAGUGUGCAGAGUUGACCGGGGACACAGAUCACACCCAGUUGAGGAGGGUUCAGAACAGUCGAAUAAUCAUUACUACGCCGGAGAAGUGGGACAGUAUGACCCGCAAAUGGAAGGAUCAUGCGCGGUUAAUGCAGCUGGUCAAGCUCUUCCUCAUUGACGAAGUCCAUAUUCUCAAGGAAGCUCGUGGCGCAACUCUGGAAGCUGUCGUAUCUCGCAUGAAAACCAAUGGAUCAAACGUUCGUUUCGUUGCUCUGAGUGCUACUGUUCCAAAUUCUGAAGAUAUCUCAACUUGGCUGGGUAGGGAUCCCACAAAUCAGCAUGUGCCUGCGCACAGAGAACAUUUUGGGGAGGAUUUUCGCCCCGUGAAGCUGCAAAAAUUUGUGUACGGCUAUCGAUCACACGCCAAUGAUUUUGCAUUCGAUAAGAUGUGUAGCUCAAAGCUUCCAGGCCUCAUAGCAUCUCAUUCCUCCAAAAAGCCUAUAAUGAUAUUUUGCUGCACGAGGAACUCAGCUGUUGCUACUGCUAAAGAGCUUGCUCGCUUGUGGUCAAUGUCUAAUCCUCCUGCUAGGCUGUGGAAAGGGCCAGGUAGGGCAAUGGAGGUGCAGAACAUGGACCUGAAAACCACAAUUGGUGCCGGGGUAGCUUUUCACCAUGCCGGUCUUGAUCCGGGUGACCGUCGCUCGGUCGAGACAGGAUUUCUCCAGGGACUGAUUGGUGUAAUAUGCUGCACGUCGACUCUUGCAGUUGGAGUCAAUCUACCAUGUCAUUUGGUAAUCAUUAAAGGAACAGUCGGAUGGCAAGAGGGUGGUUGCAAGGAGUAUUCAGACCUAGAAAUUAUGCAAAUGCUCGGCCGGGCGGGCAGACCACAGUUCGAUGACAGCGCUACGGCUGUGAUAAUGACAAGGAAAGAACGAGAAAGCCACUACGAGAAGCUCGUAUCUGGCUCAGAGAGUCUGGAGAGCUGCUUACAUCUGAAUCUUGUUGAUCAUCUAAAUGCCGAAAUCGGGCUCGGCAAUGUCACCAACAUUGACUCUGCCAUCAGAUGGCUCGCAGGCACUUUUCUAUUCGUGAGAAUGAGGAGAAACCCAACGCACUAUCGGCUCAAGGAGGACGCUGAUAGGGACGAUGAAGAUGAAAUGCUUCGACAAAUAUGUGAGAAAGACAUCAAGCUUCUCCAGGAAUGCGGGCUGGUCUCCACCGAUGGUCUCAGAUCCACCAAUUAUGGCGAUGCUAUGGCUCGGUACUAUGUGCGGUUUGAGACAAUGAGAACGUUACUUACUUUGAAAGCUCACUCAAGUGUAUCUCAAAUUCUGUCGGUGAUUUCAAGGGCAGACGAGUUCCGGGAGAUACGCCUCAAGGCAGGCGAGAAGGCUCUGUACAAGGAAAUCAAUCGCUCUAGUGCGAUCCGUUUCCCAGUCAAUGUGGAUAUAGCACUCCCCGCUCACAAGAUCUCGCUGUUGAUCCAGGCUGAGCUGGGAGCAGUGGAUUUGCCCGACGGUGAACCAUUCCAGAAGCACAGAUUCGCUUUCCAACAAGACAAGACUUUUGUCUUUUCCCAUAUUAACAGACUAAUCCGCUGCAUAAUAGACUGUCAGGUAGGCCUUGAAGAUUCGAUCACAUUGCGGAAUGCUUUAGAGCUUGCACGGAGCUUCGGGGCCAAGGUCUGGGAUGACUCCCCACUGCAGAUGAAGCAAAUUGAGCAGAUUGGAGUGGUUGCCGUUCGAAAAUUAGCAUCGGCUGGGAUCACUAGCAUCGAGACAUUGGAGCUUUGCGAGCCCCAUCAGAUUGACAUGACCCUUAGCAGAAAUCCCCCAUUCGGGAGGAAGUUGUUGGAUCGGCUUGUUGAAUUCCCCAAGCUUCGAGUAUCCAUCAAGAUGACUGGAAAGGACUUCAAGGCUGGCAAUGCCGUGAAAGUCCAAAUGAAGGCCGAAGUUGCCUUCAUGAACCAAAAAUGUCCGGCCUACUUUCAGAGACGCCCGGUAUACAUCUGCUUCUUAGCGGAGACUUCAGACGGGCGUCUGCUUGAUUUUCGGCGCAUAAGUGCGAGUAACCUGUCAAAUGGUCAAGAGAUAUUGCUGGGCGCAGAGUUGAAAAGUGCUGGCCAGUUUGUGACGUGCUAUGCCAUGUGUGACGAUAUAGCUGGAACUAUGCGGUCUGCACAGCUGAAGCCUGAGAUUCCCUCAUCCUUGUUCCAAUUGCAGCUGGAUAAUCCUCCCGAUUCUGUAUCAACAAGACCUAAACCCAAUAUUUCACGCCGACGCAGCAACGACACGUCCCAAUCCAAAUGCACCACUAAUCUGGAUAUCGAACCUUGGGACAGCGACGACUUAUCGUUCAACGAUUUCCUGGAAAAGGACGAAGCCGAGAACUGGUCAUGUGUCGACAAGUUGCCAGAAUCUUCAAAUAGUAAGCCACGCAAUGAAUCAAAAGUCGAAAGGCAGAACCCAGUGAAAUCUGGAGCAGUGGUCGAAGCUGAAGAGCACACUCGACUGGAAAAUGGCAGGUGGGCAUGCAAUCAUCGAUGUAAAGAUAAGACAACGUGUAAGCAUUUAUGUUGUCGAGAUGGACUCGAAAAGCCACCCAAAGCGAACAAGAAGCGACCUCUUGAUGAGGAUAAGAGGACAAAAGGGCCCAGCCAGAUGACCCUACCAGCGACGAUGACCAGGAAAAACACUCACAUAGCCAGCAUUUCUAAUACCGAAGCGUGCAGCCAUGCAGAACCCUCACACAAACCCUCGAAGACUGAUAGCAGUGACAAGAACAGAAACAACCCCAGUGUUCCCAACCACACCAGCAAAAAAGACUCUUCAAGUGAGUACGGAGACGACAGUUUUAGUGACUUCCCUUCUCCCUCCGCCUUGUUGUUUGAAUACUCCACACCAGCAACAAAAAAGGGCGUCGAACCUCCCACAAACAGAAGCCAGAUAGUUCAGGAAGACAAAAUAGACCUAAAUGACGACUGGCUCGAUGAUGAAAUCUGGCAUGACCCCUGUUCACCACUACCAAGCUCCAUCCCCACAGGACAUAACCAAACCACCAUAGGGAAAGAGAAAAUUAAUCAAGCUUCAACAAUACAUGCACCACAAAGCCUUACUACCACAAUCAUCGAUACAACGACCAACCACAAAAAGCCAGAUAUUCAAGCCCCUAAACCCAUCAAUGGAUCACCUCUCGACAACCUCCCCAUAUCCGAAAGAAAGAAGCGGAAGCUUCCCUCGCCCACAACCACCAGUGAUAGGGAGACGAAGAGAUACAAAUCUAACACAACUGUCCUUAACACAGGUGAAAAGAGUAUCAAGGACAUAGAACCCAUUGGUUCGAAGCCUUCUACUCCUAUUCCCACCAUCCCUGCAGGCUGGGAAGACAUUGACCCUGCUCUACUGGAUGAGUUCAAAGAUAUCAUUAAUCUGCUCUAAGCGGAGUCGAAUAGGUUACUAUUCUAUGGAGAAGGGGAUAUAAGUGCGGGGAAUCUCUUUC